GGGAGAUUUAGAUGGCGGAAAGCGGGAGUAUCAGCGACCAUGCUGCAUCGGAGCGGUGUUUCAUGGAGUGGAUGAAGCUUCAAGAGGACACCCAAGGGGAGCUUUUCGAAGCCCUCAACGCCGUCCAAAACAGAGCAAGUUCCAACCAAGAAGAAACCGAACGAGAACUCACCAAGCUUGUCGACAAGAGCAUAGAGCAAUUCCAAGACUACAUUGAUCGACGAAUGCAGCUCGCCAAAAAAGACGUGUCGGCAUUCUUCGCCCCUGUUUGGUGCAGCGCCAGAGAAACGUCCCUCCUCUGGAUCGCCGGUUGCCGCCCCUCCGUCUUCAUCCGCUUAGCAUACUCCCUCACCGGACACGACCUGGAAACCAGAUUGAUGGAGUUCCUGCAGGGGAUGAAGUCGAUGGAAGAAUUAGCGGGAGAACUGUCGCCGAAGCAAAUGGAGCAGCUGGACAGUCUGCAGAGGAGAACAAUUAAGGAAGAGGAGAGGCUGACGUCGGAGCUGGCGAGGGUGCAGGAGGAGAUGGUGGAUCAGACGGUGGUGGGGAUUGCGAUGAAAACAAUAAAAGAGAAAGGGGGGAGUGAGGAACUGGAGAGGGCUCUGGAAAAGCAGGACGGGGAAUUGCUCAGACUCAUCCAACAAGCCGAUAGACUGAGGAUCCGUACGCUGAAUGAGGUGACGGAGAUUUUCAGACCAUUGCAGGCGGUGUGGUUCUUAGCGAUUAGUAAGAAGCUCCAUCUCUCCGUUCGCGAAUGGGGACAACAAAGCGAUCGAAGGCACGGCAGAUUUCAUACUCCCUAAAAAUAAAAUCAAACAAAUUUUGAAAGAUGCUUUUUUUCGAUGUAUUAAAUUUAAGA